ACAAAAAGGGUAAUGAAUACAUUUGUUUCUACGUAAUUUAAUACUCGUAACAGUAACUACACAAUGACAUGUCUUGAAUGGCGCAUAGCAUAGGGAAUGAACUGAAUUGAAACCCCCCUUUUCAAUCUCUGCUACAGUUGCCCCCUUUCGCUUUCUUCUUCCUCAAGACCCUAAAAUUCUCUCCUUUUUUUUUCCCCAAGCUAAAUUCCCCAUCGAUCGCUACAUAGAUCGAACUCAAAAUAGUAAAGCUCUGAUUUCCAUAUAUAUAUAUAUAUAUAUAUAUAAAUAUAUAUAGCGCGUGUCCGUGUUAUUUGAGUCUCAUUUUCAAACCCCUUUCAUUUAUGCUUGAAAGGAAAGCAAUGUGUUGGCGAAGAGUCGCGAAGUCUUUGCAGGCCUUCACAGCCCACAGUUUGCUGUUCUCCUUCACGCUCUCGCUGGUUCUCAAGCUCGAUCAUGUCGUCUCUUACUCUUGGUGGUUCAUUUUCUUCCCUCUUUGGCUAUUUCAUGCUGUUGUUGCCCGAGGAAGAUUCUCUUUACCUGCUCCAUCAGUUCCCCAUGAUCGUCAUUGGGCACCAUGUCAUGCCAUCAUUGCAGCGCCAUUGCUUAUUGCAUUUGAACUGCUCCUCUGUAUAUAUCUCGAGAGCAUUUAUGUCAACAGAGCUGCAGCUGUAAGCCUGAAGAUUGUCUUUCUUCCCUUGUUGGCAUUUGAAAUAGUUAUUCUAAUUGACAAUUUCAGAAUGUGUAAGGCUCUAUUGCCCGGAGAUGAUGAAACCCUCAAUGAUGAAGCAAUAUGGGAGACGCUUCCUCACUUUUGGGUGGCAGUAUCCAUGGUUUUCUUCGUUGCUGCAACAUUGUUCACUCUCUUAAAGCUCUGCGGCAAUGUGGGCGCUCUUGGCUGGUGGGAUUUAUUUAUAAAUUUUGGUAUCGCUGAGUGCUUUGCAUUUCUUGUUUGUACAAAAUGGUCUAAUCCGGUGAUUCAUAGAAAUUCUAAUAGAAGAGAGGCCAGCUCAUCUUCUACGGCAAUACGAUAUCUUGACUGGAAUAGUGGCUUAAUUGUUUCUUCACAGAAUCGCUCCGAGGAUAGAAUGUGUGGUCUGCAAGACAUUGGUGGGCAUAUUAUGAAAUUACCAAUAAUUGGUUUCCAGGUCCUCCUUUGUAUGCGAUUGGAGGGAACACCUGCUGGUGCGAAAUCUAUCCCACUUCCACUUCUUUUCUCUCCUCUUUUUCUGUUGCAAGGUGCUGGGGUACUGUUUUCUGCGUCUAGAUUGGUGGAGAAAAUCAUUCUUUUACUACGUAGUGGAGCUGGUACAGAAAGUUAUUUUACAUUUUCUUCAAGAGUUCGUGAUUGCUUUGGCUUUUUGCACCAUGGCUCCAGGCUUCUUGGUUGGUGGUCAAUUGAUGAAGGAAGUCGGGAAGAACAGGCUCGACUUUUCCAGGAUGGGUCUUCUGGUUAUAACACUUUUUGUGGUUAUCCUCCUGAAAUAGUGAAGAAAAUGCCUAAGAAGGAACUUGCUGAGGAGGUUUGGAGACUUCAAGCAGCUCUCGGUGAGCAAACAGAAAUCACAAAAUUCAGCCAGCAGGAGUAUGAAAGACUUCAAAAUGAAAAAGUUUUAUGUAGGGUUUGCUUUGAGGGAGAGAUUAGCAUAGUCCUACUACCAUGUAGGCAUCGCAUCCUAUGCAGCAACUGCUCUGAGAAGUGUAAGAAAUGCCCCAUUUGCCGUGUAGCUAUUGAGGAAUGCUUACCUGUAUAUGAUGUAUAGCUUUGACAAUUGACCCUUUUUGUAUAACUAUAAUCUGGAGUAUGCACAUAACGUCAAAAGGUUUGACAGGGAUUCUCCUACACAGCUCUCAUUGAAAUUUUUAGGAACAGUGAGUGUCGCUUUGAUUGAACUAACAAGCAAGAAUUAGGAAAUGUAUAAAAUGCAGUUUUCAUAUUCAUGUUUCGAUCGGUUAGUUUUUUACCCUUGUAACAUACUCUACUUCGAUGUGUGGCUGAAAGUUGCAUUGUUAGUAAACUUCACUUGUAACGAAUUUUGUUGCACAAUCGUUGUUUGAGUUAUAUGGGGUGUAUGGAAGGUAAAACUAUUCCUAAAAUUUGUCCAUUGGGUUAAGAAAACUGAAUGUAUCAACGUUUGAGGAAAGGUAAAAGUUGAUGCUUUUCAACAUUUCGGUUUA